AUCAAAAUAGAAUACAUGUUUGUAGAGAACAAUUUUGUAUUAUCAACGACCCAUUUUUCGGUUAGGGGAAAUGAUGACACUGAUGGUUUGUUAAAAGAAAACAGUACAAACAGUGGUAUCAAUUUAUGCACUGGAUCAAAAUACAAACACACCAAGAAGUGGGCAGUAGCGGUUUGUAAUGAUAAUCUUCCUCGUCAUGCUGUACAGGUAGAAUUCGACUACUUUGACAUGGAAAACGCAGAUGACUGUAUCUUUGGUUCAUUGAAACUUUUGGCAGGAGACAGAGAAGAGACAUCUUUUCUUAAUGAACAAUCUUGCGGAAAGAAUAAACAUGGACAAACUUUUGUAACAAUGGGCAAAUCACUGAGUCUUGAAAUUAAAACAGAUGAAUCAUUAGCCCUUAAGAAUUUUCAAGCAAAGGUUUCAUUUGUACCAGAUACAGAAUGUAUAUGCAAAGACAACAUGGAAUGCACUCGGGACAACACUGAAAAAUGUAUUCACGGAAAAUAUUGUGAUAUAAAUACAUGCCAAAACGGCGGAACAUGUAUCCAGACUAGUUUUGAAGAGAAAUGUUACUGUCCUAAAGGUUUCAAAGGAGACGACUGUUCACAAAGAUAUGGUGAAUUUUCGAACAAAAUAACAUUCAUCAGUGCACCCGUGGACCGCACGCUAAAGAGAGGUCAAGGUCAUAUCGAAGAAUGUCUAGUUGAAGUUCCAUAUGAAGAGGAGGUAGUAUAUAGUUGGUCAUUACAAGGAACAUUAAUAAAUCCGUAUAAUAACACAAUAGGAUUUGGAACUCAUCCGGGUGGAAUAUUACAGAUUGACAAGUUCUCGGACGAAAUGGAGGGGCAAUAUUCAUGUAUCGCUACAACCUCGGUCGAAACAGUGAAUCACACUUUUACGUAUACCAUUGCAGAGGAUUGUGACGUCAGAAUAUACCCAGGACCACAGUCAGAGAUCAAAAAACCUAAUGAAAUAGCUUUACUUACGUGCCGCGUGAACCAUCGAGUAAAAGAAGUUAGAUGGAAGAAAGAUGGUGUUUACAUUGAUUUUAACAAAGAUGAUAGAAUCAAGGUACGUUUUCAAAUGCAUAUACAUGUAAAUCAUGAAAAUAAUUAAUAGAAUUGUUGUCUUGUUU